UUAAAGGAGAAUUUUUGGUGAUAUCCCAUCUAAUAAAAUUAUUGCCAGAAGAACCAAUAGAAGUUGAAGACGCUGUUUGGGAUACUUAUAAGUUGGCGGAUCCUGAAUUUAAUAAAAGCGAUCGUAUUGAUUUAAUAAUAGGAAGCGAUCUUUAUCCAAAAAUAAUAAAAGAAGGUAUUAAAAAAUAUAACGAUGUAGUCGGACAAGAAACUAUAUUUGGGUGGAUAAUAUCCGGACAGCUACAAACAAACAAAACACAAAAUCAAGCAAUAUCAGCUUUAAAUUUAGAGCGAUUUUGGGAAAUAGACGAUGAAAACAACACAAACUUACAAGAAGAUGAAAAAUGUCAAGAACUAUAUAAAACAACUACAACAAGAGAUACAGACGGUAGAUACAUGGUGCAAAUUCCAUUUAAAGAAGAAUUGUCUUUAGGGAAUUCUAGAAAACAAGCAGUAGCAAGACUAAUCAACCUAGAGAAGAAAAUGAAGAAAGAAAUUAAGUCAGAAUACAUAGAGUUUAUGCACGAAUACGAACGUUUAGGUCAUAUGGUCAAAGCAGAAAAUGAAAAUGAAGGGUUGUACUAUAUGCCUCAUCAGGCUGUAAUCAGAGAAGCAAGUUCAACAACGAAACUACGUGUAGUUUUUGAUGCGUCCGCUAAAACAACAAAUGGAAAUAGUCUUAAUAAUAUCAUGAUGACCGGACCGCAAUUACAAAAAGACAUAUUUGACAUAAUAAUAAAAUGGAGGUUAUGGAAAUUCGUGGUGAUAGCAGAUGUGGAAAAAAUGUAUAGACAAAUAAAAAUUGCAGAAGAGCAUCAAGAUUUGUAA